UGCACAGUACAAUAUAAUAUAGAGAAUCAAAUUUCUCUUAGAAACCUCGCAAUUCUUCUUCUCCUCCUCCCUUUUUCUCACACAGAUAAUCUCCAAAUCGCUAUGCCCACAAACGAAGGUUUUUCAGGUGUAUCUAAUUGCUAUGUUUUUAAGAGUCGAUUACAAGAAUAUGCACAAAAAAAGGGACUUGCUACGCCCGUGUACGAGACAAUUAAAGAAGGCCCUUCACAUGAGCCUUUCUUCAGGUCCACAGUGAUUGUCAAUGAGGCUAGAUAUGUGUCCCUGCCUGGUUUUUACAAUCGCAAGGCUGCAGAACAGUCUGCUGCAGAAGUUGCUCUGCAGGAGUUGUCUAAAUGUGAUGAAGUCGAUCACACUAUUUCUCAGCCUGUUAAUGAAACAGGACUUUGCAAAAACUUGCUUCAGGAAUAUGCACAAAAAAAGAACUACGCAAUUCCUGUGUACCAGUGUCAAAAUAUUGAAUCUCCAGGCCGAGCAACGCUUUUCCAAUGUAAUGUCGAUAUUGGGGGGAUUCAGUACAUCGGGGCAUCAGCGGGAACAAAAAAGGAAGCAGAAAUUAAGGCUGCUAGAACUGCUUUGUUAGCCAUGCAGUCAAGUGGUUCAGAGUCAUCUAAUAAUACAACUGGUAUGUGUCAGUUAACAGUAAUACCAUUCAGAAAGAGGGUCCCGGAGACUGCUCCAAUCUUAGAGGAAGCUGCACGUCUUCCAAAGGCAAAAAAGGCCCGAGUCAAAAGGAAAACAUUUAAAAAGAAAUUCCCUAGAGACAGAGUAAAUCACAAACACGGUGAAAGUGCAGUCGAUCCUAGUGUUAUUACCAUUGGACAACCAAGAUCAGAAUCAGAUCAUACUGGUAUAUCUGUAGUUCAAGGAACUUCUGGGAGAAUAGUUCCUGAGUCGAGCCAAAGAGAAACAACAGAGGCCACUGGUGCUUUGACCUUCCAUUUAUCUAGUGAUUUUACGAAUGGAGUCUCAACAACAAUGGCUUUUGAUCAACACAACUGUGUAAUGCCCAGCGGAGUUGCUUGCGAACCGAAUGCAGAUGCUGCUAUGAUUUCAGGAGCUAGCCCGGCUUCUGAGAUAGGAUUAGGGACUUCAACUGGCAGGGCUGGCUUAAAUCCAAUGGGAGAGGAAUGGAAGCUGGUGCAGCCAAUGAAUAGCAUUUAGAUAAGGAAUGUGAGUUUGGUUUUGCAGUUUGGAAAGUAGUGGGGGAGUAGAAUUUUAGUCUGUUAAGGUGUCUUUUUCACUGUUGUACUGCUAAUGCUACUGAUUUUCCAGUAUUUUGUAGGAGCUCUAACUAUUGAGAACCAUAUGAUAUAUGAUUGGAAUUUCAUUUAUAAAUAUAUCAUUUUUUUAAAAUUA